AUGGCCCGACUCGCCCCUACACUGCUUCUCGUGGCUGUAAGCGCUGCAGCGGUGGCUGCACAGGCCGCACCACCACUCACCACCAACAAUGCGCAGAGUGCGUGUGUGCAGUUUGGCUCGUGCUCCACCGCGGGCGGCAACGGCGUCGUGACCGAGACGCAGAACUCGCCCGUCACGCAGCCGGCAGGAACCCCCGCUCUGGCAACGUACACCACGCUCGACUCGGUGUACAUCUCGUCGCUCGCUGCUGCAGGUGCCAGCUCAGCAUACGCUGCACUUGGGGGGAACGGCGGGGCAAGCUCGGCUGUCCCACGCACGGUGACUAGUUCGGCGAGGGGAAGGGCGACAAGCACCGCUGCCGGCUCAGCUGCUUCGUCGUCCGGAUCAAUGGGCCUUGGUAGUCUAGGAUCGUCAAACGCUGCAGUGGGCAUGUCGGGAAACUCGGCUGCUUUGCAGAUGCUCGCACUCGCAGCUGCCGCCGUCCUCGGCGCCGCCAUGCUGCUCUGA